CGCGUUCUUGCCCAUACCCGGAAGGUUAGGUGUGCAAAGCGUCACUUCGUAGCCGAACGUUUCAUCGCCCUUAUCAGCAAAACGCAACGAUGCUGAAGUUUGUGGUAGCAGUGCUGGCGCUGAGUGCCAUGGUGAGUGCUGAGUUCGUGGUGCAGACGCGUGACGAUCUGCUGAAGUACCGUGCCGAGUGCGUCAAGUCGCUGAGCGUGUCGGACGAGCUGGUGGAGAAGUACAAAUCGUGGAACUUCCCGGAGGAUGACACCACGCAGUGCUACAUCAAGUGCAUCUUCAACAAGAUGCAGCUGUUCGACGACACGAACGGCCCGGUCGUGGACAACCUGGUGGUGCAGCUCGCGCACGGUCGCGAUGUGGACGAGGUGCGCGCCGAGAUCGUCAAGUGUGCCGGCACCAACACCGACGGCAACGUGUGCCACUGGGCGUACCGGGGCUUCCAGUGCUUCCAGAAGAACAACCUGUCGCUGAUCAAGGCGAGCGUGAAGAAGGACUAGAAGAACUGAGACACACACACAGACCCGGUUGUUGUUUGGUGGAAAUGGUGAUUCGGAAUGGAAUAAAGUGAUCUUUUCAAGCAAUCUAG